GCCAUCUGCAUUACCUCAUCAAUCUCAAAAUAAAACAAACUCAAGUACUAGACAUCACCUGUCGAUCUGUCGCAAAAAUGAGGGCGUUAAGAAGUGUUGCUGGUGACGUACGUAUGGAUCAUCGCAGCUGGUUGGCAGCCCAUGUAGAAGAGCUAUGGAAUGAAUGGGAGAUCCAAGUGUUGGUGCUGGUCAGCUUUUCUCUGCAAGUGUUCCUCCUCUUGUUCUCGGGCAUUAGGAAGCGUAUAACCUCCAAAGUCCUCAGCAUACUCCUAUGGCUAGCCUAUCUGUCGGCUGACUCGCUUGCCGUCUUCGUCCUUGGCCAUCUGACACUCCACAUCAAUGGCGGCCUUCGCCAUGGGCUGGUGCUCUUCUGGGCGCCGUUCAUGCUUCUUCACCUUGGUGGGCAGGACACGAUGACGGCCUUCUCCAUGGAGGACAACAUGCUGUGGAAGCGUCACCUCCUGAACUUUGCCACCCAGGUGGGGUUGGCUGCCUAUGUGGUUGGCAAGCAAUGGCAGGGAGGCGGCAAGCCGCAGCUCCUGGCUCCCAUGGUGCUCAUGUUCAUCUCAGGGACCAUCAAGUAUGCCGGCAGAAUAUCGGCACUCCGGUUUGCUGUCAAAAACACAACACUUGGAGGUAGUGUUGGCUUUAUGGCCCAGCAAUAUACACUUAAUUUGGGCGCCGACCGUUUCUGGGCUCACGAUUGGAUGAUCAAUGAGGCGCCAACCUACCGACGACUGGUAUCGGCAGCUACAUCAGAGUUUAUAUUCUGCAUGGCCUUCCUGAUGGAUAUGACACGGUUGAAAUACAGGCAUUCAUUACAAGGGCUCCUGUCCAAGCAAUACCGAGUCCAAGUUUGCUACAAGCUCACUGAGCUCCAGCUCUCGAUCGCCUAUGAAUUCCUCUACACCAAGCUUGGACAAAUGCAUUUCAGUGGGGGGCUACUGAAUAGUUGGUUCUCCAAGCUUGUUACAUUGGGGUGCACCUUCGCAGCCCUCUUUCUGUUUGCUUGGGAUGAUCUAAAGGGCAGUCUUCUUCCAAACUACAAGAGAGCCGAUAUUAUUGUGUCUUACAUACUCCUAGGUGGAGCUGCCAUUCUGGAGGUACUCUCUGUUUCCAUCGCCAUCUCACCAUUCAGUGCAUAUUACACGACAGAUGAUGCAGUAGAGAAUAACGUAUACAAUAAAAGAUACAGUGAUGUGAUGUUCAGCAUUAUCAGGUAUGUCCAUCCAGAGAGCAAGCCACAAUGGUCACAAAAGUUGGCACAAUACAACCUUAUUGGUGAGUGUAUACGAUGGAAGCAAGAGGAUGAUGCUGGUGAUGGUAGUUUGAUGCAAUGCGCCAUAAGUCAGGUGAAGUCCAGAAAAACGACGGCACAUGUUGAUGUCUCUCAUGAGCUGAAGAAGCUCGUCCUAGAUAGACUGCUACAGGUUGGAACCACAAUACAUCCGGCUGAUCUAGAUUCAGAUGAUGUGUGGGACAUGAGCAAUUUCACUGGCCAAUGGGCAAAGCUGGAGAUCCGGAGCAAAAUGCAAUCGUCGUCAGAAGCUGCAGCUCGUCUGCAGACGCUGAUCAGCAACACCACUGAGCGUUCUGAAAGUUUCAUGUUCUCCGUCCUUACCUGGCAUAUAGUGACGGAGAUAUGCUUCUUCCAACAACAUAGCAACAGCGGCGACGGCGGCAGUAGCAGCAGCAGCAGCAGCUCUGCUCCUCCAUCCUGCAGAUGCAGAGACCCAAGCAGACAACUGUCUAGGUACGUCAUGUACCUUUGUGCAAAGCAUGGCAUAUUGUCUGGCAAUGAUGGGUACGUUUCUUUCACAGUGAUUAAGCAAGUCAUUAUGGAAUGCCUGCUACUCUAUGAGGGAGCCCUGGAUGAGCGGUCUGUUGUCAUACGUAUAGCUGACAUGAUACAUGGUGAAAACGGGAACCUGGUGCAAAGGACCAGGUUUGUGGAUGGGGUAUUAAGCCCCACGAGCCAACUUGCCAAGGAGCUGCUUAUGAUCGAAGAUGCAAAUUAUCGAUGGGAUAUCAUCAUGAAUGUAUGGAUGGAGAUGCUUUGCUACAUGGCAUUACACUCCGAGCAUGGGUUCCACACUACGCAUCUAAGCAAAGGAGGGGAGUUCUUAACUCAUGUCAAGCUUCUAAUAUUGAACAUUUUUGGCCACUGA